UUUCCCCUCACAUAACCCACCAGCCGGUCUCGCACGACACCCAACAACAGUCGAAAGAGAGCGUCAACAAAUCACAGAAGAAAAGGUUUUUCAUGGGUAUUCUCAACUCCAUCAAAUUAAGCUAAUCUACCUGAUUUCGUUUCGGGUUUUAGGUCUUUGAACGUUGAGGAUGGUGCUGGUCUUGGCUUUAGGAGACUUACAUAUACCCCAUAGAGCGCCUGAUCUGCCGGCAAAAUUCAAGUCUAUGCUUGUCCCCGGCAAGAUCCAACAUGUUAUUUGCACUGGAAACCUAUGCAUCAAGGAAGUUCAUGACUACUUGAAGACUAUUUGCCCUGACUUGCAUAUUACCCGAGGUGAAUUUGAUGAGGACACACGAUAUCCUGAGACAAAAACUUUAACUAUUGGUCAAUUCAAGCUGGGACUAUGUCAUGGUCAUCAGGUUAUUCCAUGGGGAGACCUGGAUUCACUGGCUAUGCUACAAAGGCAGCUAGAUGUAGACAUACUUGUGACAGGUCACACUCAUCAGUUUACUGCUUACAAGCACGACGGAGGUGUUGUUAUAAACCCAGGAUCUGCAACGGGUGCCUAUAGCAGCAUCACUUAUGAUGUUAAUCCUAGUUUUGUCCUCAUGGACAUUGAUGGCCUACGCGUUGUGGUCUAUGUUUAUGAACUCAUCGAUGGAGAGGUUAAAGUUGACAAGAUUGAUUUUAAGAAGGGCACUGCAGCUCAUUCUGCCCACUAGCACAAAGUUGCACUAUUCAGUCUUGACUUUUCUGUAGAUUCCUAAAAAUCGUAAAAGUUUGUGAUGUAUGUUGUCCAAUUUACUUGUAUUUGAGUGGUGGGGAGCUUUUAUCACAGGAAUAAUUCUUGGUCUUGUUGGCUACCAUUACUUGUUUCCCAGUUCUUCGAACGAGCCCUUUCCCAGUCAUUUGGUGGAGAUAAAACUGCUAUAAUCUGGACCAUGAAGAGAAAACCUAAUGGGCUCUUGGGUGUGUGUACAGCAGUUAAGGAGAACAAAGAUGACAUGAACCAGUGUCUCUACUUUCUUUCUUUCAGGGCUGUUAGCCGUUGAAGUUAGGUUUUUCAUUAUUCUGGAAAAUUGUACUGAUAUGCUUAUUCUUGGUUCAGGACUUGAGAACAUGCGUGCUCUUGACCC